GGUGGUGGUCGGGCAGCUGGCUGUCGAGGUGGCGGACGCGGUGGACGCGGCAGGCUAGGUCCCCGGGGUGGCCGUGGGGGGCGAGGCGUUGCCGGCUGCCGAGGCAUGUGGGGCGGGGGCCGCGGCGAAGGCGGACUCCGCAGCAGGGGCGCCCUCUGCAGCUUUGGUGGGGGUGGUGACCUGGUCGAACGCGACGGGCGGGGUGGAAGCGGUGGUGGCGGCGGGGAGCGGGGGAUCAGCGGCCGCCGCGGAGAUGGCUGGGAGGGCUUAGAGGGCUGGGGAGAAUAUGGCCGGGGUGAUUGCUUUCCCUGCCGUGGCGGUGGUGGCGGUGGCAAGGUUGGCGGCAGUAGCGGCGGCGAGCGUGGCGGCGGAGGUGGCGGGGACGAGCGCGGCGGUGGUGGCGGUGGCGGCCGCAGCGGCGGCAGCGGCACUUGUGCGCGCUGUAUUGGCGGGGUCACCGAAUAG